AUGGCUUUUGAUAAAAACAAGGACGAUAAUUCCAACGACGAAUUGAGUUUUCUUCCCAAAACCAUUUCCGACGUUCUGAACAAAGCCUCGUCGAUUUCGGAAUUUUCCGACCAAUCAUCACCGGAGAUGGAAUUUUCCGUCCGCUCGUUGGAAGACGAGAUGAAGAAAGUCGACGCUUUCAAGCACGAGCUUCCUCUGUGCAUGCAGCUUUUGAAACAUGGAAUUGAGAGGUUGAAGAGUGCAGAAUCCACGCUGUCCAAGACCAGUAGUAAUUCGGAAGGAAACGAAAGGGCAAAAAUGUCAAUAGACUUGAGCGAGAAGAGGAGCUGGAUGAGCUCCGUCCAGCUGUGGACCCCACCAGGCCUUCAGUACGAAAACAGCUUCUUCACCACCCAAAAUCAAGAUUCCUUUUCCCCCCUAAAACCCAGGAAAUGCAAACAUGAGGAAAGCAGCAGGUUUCUCAGGAACAGAGAAGGAGGGGCAUUUUCGCCAUUUAAGAAAAACCCGGGUUUGCUCGAACAGCACAAGAAACGGAGGCGCUGCUGGUCGCCCGAGCUGCACAGGCUAUUCGUGUAUGCCCUGCAGAAUCUCGGUGGAGCCGAGGUGGCUACACCAAAGCAAAUUCGAGAGCAUAUGAAAGUGGAGGACCUUACAAAUGAUGAAGUGAAAAGCCAUUUGCAGGAUUCACGUCAGAAGAUUUUCGAGUGCAUCGCCUAA